GCGGCCCGUUACCAAGCACUGCACCGCGCACUGGCUCAACGACGACAGCAGCGAGCAUUGACAUAAGGAAUACAGCCAGCGUGAUAACAACACACACACCCGUGAAAACAGGAGGGGAUGGCUGUGAAUGUGUACGCCACGUCUGUGUCUAUUGACAACCUCAGUAGACAUGACAUGCUGGCAUGGGUCAACGAUUCUUUGCACCUCACCUACACGAAGAUCGAACAGCUGUGUUCAGGAGCGGCAUAUUGCCAGUUCAUGGACAUGUUGUUCUCGGGCUGUAUCCUUCUGAAGAAGGUCAAAUUUCAAGCCAAGCUGGAGCAUGAGUCUAUACACAACUUCAAAGUUCUUCAGGCAGCUUUCAAAAGGAUGAGUGUGGACAAAAUAAUUCCUGUAGAAAAGCUUGUAAAAGGGAAGUUCCAGGACAACUUUGAAUUCGUGCAGUGGUUCAAGAAGUUCUUCGACGCCAACUACGAUGGGAAGGAGUAUGACCCUUUACUAGCCAGACAGGGGCAAGACGUGAACCCUGCCCCCAACCCAGGUGAUCACUUUAUCCACAAACCAAAGAGAUACGCAGGACCACAGAGGACAUCUCCAACAGUUCCCAAAAUCAUGCCAACACCGCAGCGGGUCCAACACAACGUUCCAGUUAUGAGGAAGAAUCCCUCUUUGUCUAGAAACGGGGGAAGUGAUGCUGAGAUCAUGGAGCUAAAUCAACAGUUGAUGGAGUUGAAGUUGACUGUGGACGGAUUAGAGAAAGAGCGAGACUUCUACUUCAGCAAACUACGGGACAUCGAGCUGAUCUGCCAGGAACACGAGAGUGAAAACAACACCGUCCUGUCCAGUAUAAUCAACAUUCUCUACGCAACAGAGGAUGGCUUUGCACCGCCGGAGGAUGAGGACCUCGAGGAACAAGGUCACCUGGACCAGGAUGAAUACUGAGCUCUUCACCCCCCCUCCCCAACAUCUCCAUCUUCUUUUAUUAUUUACCUCAUUUGUUUUCUACUCCCUCAGCACGCUCCCUAUAAAUACUACCCGUUAUCCCUGUUCCCUGUCUGUCUUUUCCUUUCUUUUUCAUAUGUAUAUCUGUGCAUAACCUCCCCCCAUUCUCCCUCUGGCCGUCUACUCACUAUACUCAUCAUCUGCUGCUCCUCCCUGCCUCCACAGUAACAAUUAUGUCCCACAUAUCCCAGUUAUUUCAGCAUGAGUAACGCAGCAAAUCGAGCCAAGCCUGGCAUGGAGGUUGUUAUGGCAAACAGUGAAUUUUGAGUCUGUAAAUAUUGCCUACAUUGUGAUUUCUGAGAGAACAAAGUCUUUGCUCGUUAUGGAGUUAUUUAUUUGACUUUUGUGCGCUUAGAGCACAGCAACAACAAUGCUCUAAAGUGCUGUCAGGACAGAGCUACUAAAACUGUAACAAAGGUGACUUUUUAAUAACUAUUUCUUAUUUAUUUAACUUAUAUUUCAUUAUGAUUAACUUUCUGUAGCAAAAUUGGUGCAUAACUUACUGUACAUGAAGUGAAAGCUGAGGCCAUGUGUGUUAUUUUGGUUAUGGUUUGUGUUUGAUUAAGAAUCAAGCUUUUAGUUUCUGGUAUGGUGCGUUCAUGGCAUGUAGAAACACUGAAGGAAAUUCUGUGGUGUAAUGACACAAGGCGUACGAUCAGUGCUCUGUGAUUAUUCAUUAUUGAUCAGCAACAUAUCUGAGCAUGAGAAUGUUACACAUUGACUGAAAGAGUGAUAUUUUGUAUAAUGUAAUUUGUGUCGAGAUUUUGUCCGAUGUUGCACGAUCCUGAUUAAUGGCAGUUGUAUCUUAAAGGCCAUCACGCAGACGCCUAUGAGUUUUAAAUUUAGAGGUGGAAAGCCACCUGCAGACUGACCACAAGGUUAUAGAUUGUAGCAGUACUAAUGUUUAAUCUAAAAUAUAAAGGAGCCUGACAAUGAAUUAACACAGACACACUUUCACAUGAUAGGUAUUGUCAUGUCUACCUGCUAAUCAUACUUUAUUUUUAUUUGCUGUUAAGGGUUGCCCAGGGUAUAUGCUAUGAGUUGUAGUUUGGCUUACAGUCAGUAUUAAUACAAUCUGUGACCGGGCGGUAACUGGUCAUCUUAAGCAUCCAGUUAAACUAAGGAAGUCUCCUUGUCCUUCACCUGCUUUUUCUACUAGCAAACUGGCUGUCGUCUGAUCUCAAACUUGCAUUCAUUGACCAUGUAAACAUCUCCAGAACACUCAUCUUCUGAGUUUUGAAUAAAAUAAACAGUUGUGAAAUAAAU